AUGAAAACGAGAAAAUUGUGUAUAAAUGAGUGCAUUCCAUAUGUACAGAAAUAUGACUGGGGUAAGGGAAAAGACGGAAUGGUAUAUGAAGUUAUGAAAAACAUAGUUAAGGAGAAUUACGAAACUGUUAAAAAGGACAUUGAUAAGUUGGAAUAUAUAAAGGAAUAUAUCGAAAAUGGUGAUGAGAAGAACAAAUCCGAAGUAUUGAAUAAUAAUGAGGAGGAGGAGCAAGGAGAAACUGAGAAAACGACAUCAAAGGAAGAGGUGGAGGAGAAGAAGAAUGUGGAGAAAAGGAAAAGGAAUAAUGGAAAUAAUAACACUGAAAGGAAAGAUGAACAGAAUUCUAAAUACGCAGAAUUAUGGAUUGGAAAUCACGAAAAGGGUCCGAACUUAGUACUAUACAAAAAUAGCUUUAUAAAAAUCGAAGAAUUUAUACAAAUUUACAAAAUGAAAAAGAAAAAAAAAGGAAAAAUUACAAAGUAUUUAUAUAAAAAAAUUGAAGAUACAAAAAAUAAAUAUAACAACAAGAAGAGUUCAAUAAAAUCAGAAGAUGUUAACAAUAAUAGGAAUAAUGAUGGUGAUGUGAAAAGGUGUUCCGAUAUAGAAUUUUCUUCUUUAAGGAAUUAUUCUUUGUACGAAAAGUACGACAUUACUGUAGAGGAUGUUGAUAAGAAUACACUUUUUCCCUAUUUGUUUAAAAUGCUGUCUAUUUACAAGCCUCUGAGUAUUCAAAUUCACCCCAAUGAAGUGCAAACAUUGUAUUUGAAUACACUAAAUCCUGCUCUUUAUAAGGAUAGAAUUUUCAAAACAGAGAUGUGUGUAUGUAUAAAUUCCAUGAGUUUGUUAUGUGGUUUCAUGAACAUUUUUAAGAUUUCCUUUUUGAUAAUGAAUGUGAAGGAGUUGCAUGAUUUUUUUCUGAGAACAGAUUUGCGUGUGGAUGGAGGGACGAGCGGUUCAGGGGAGGUGAAAAGUUCGACGGAAGAAAUUGAUCAAAAUGUUAAAAUAGAUGAAGGGAAGGAACAGGACAUUUUCCACCUGUUCGACUUAUUUCAAACAGAAAAAAAUGAACACGUGGAAGAACUUAUAAAAACUUUAGCACAUAUUUACAUUUACAUAAUUAGCUAUUCAUUGAAGAGAGGAAACAGACAAACCUAUGAUGUAAUAUCAGUGAUAGAUAACUACGCUGAGUGUAUUCAAAAAUAUGUAUUUGAUGAAUCGUUUUUUGUAGGUUUUUAUAAAAAUGAGAAUUUUUUAGAUCAAAAUUUGAACUUGGGGAAUUUGAUAAAAGGAGAAAAAGAAAAACUGCAAAAUGGUUCCUCUGGGAAGAAAAACACAUCUGAGAUGAGUGGUUCAGAUGAAGAAGAAAAUGAGGAAGUUCUCGAGGAGGAAUUGGAAGUGAGAGAUGGAGAAGAAGUAAAUGAAGAGGAGGGAAAGCAGAACAUUGAGAAUGGUGAUGAGCAGAAGCGUUCUUUGGAAAAUGAAAAGGACUCUGAUUUGCUUAGUGCAAAUCGGCAGAUUAAGAAGCAGAACAGAGGAAUUUCGACCGAAGGGAAUAUGGAGGAAGAGGACGAGGACGAGGAGAACGACGACGACAAGAAGAAGAAUGGAGAAACGAAAGCAUACCCUGUGAAGAAGCAAGAUUUGCAAUGUGCUGCUCAACUAAUGAAUCGUAAAAGAAUUAAAGCUUUUUAUGAACACAUGUUCAAAUAUAUAAUAUACAGAACGAUGUUAGCAGAAAAUGAGGUAUUAGUAAAAUGCAUGAAUGAUAUAGAAACUAAGAAUGAAAAGUAUAAGAAGUAUAUGAAGGAUAAAGAUAUGGGAAGUAAAAAUAUUGAAGAAUUAUAUAUAGAUAUAUGUAAGAAAAAGAAUUAUAUGAAUAUUGAAAAAGAUACAGAAAAUUUCAUUGUUAAUAACAUUUUUGAAAUAUUUUAUAAUGUAUCCAAGUUCUACCCUAAUGAUGGGGGAAGAAUUUUUAUUUUUAUUUUGCAACAGUUAAAUUUAAAAGAUGGAGAUGUAGUUUAUAUUAAGCCAGGAGUUAUUCAUUCAUACAUUUCUGGGCACUGUUUAGAAUGUAUGACUAAUUCUGAUUUAGUAAUAAGAGGAGGGUUAACGAACAAGGAGAUUGAUAAGUUAAAUUUUAUAAAAUAUGUAAAUUACAAAAAUAAUUUUCCAAUUAUUUUAGAAAAAGAAUUUAUAAAUUAUAACAUUAUAUCCUACAGCUAUUACAAAAUGAAGUAUUUUAAAAUUUUAUUUAUUAAAGUUAGACCAGGAGAAACUGUCAAUUUUUUAUUUUCUGAUGUUACCUUUACCUCCUGUAUCGUUUUGUCAACUAAUAGGACUGUAAAAAUUAAGGGAAAAAAAAAUGACAAGAAAAAAGCAAGUAUUAAGGGUGUCAAAAAGGGAACCGUUUUUUUUAUUGCUCCAAGUAUUGUAGUAACAAUGUCCAAUUUUUAUGAAACGGAGCAGGAUGGUGACAAGGAGUUCUUGCUCUACUGUGCCACGUCCUGA